AUGAGAGGCGGUCGCGGUAGUGCUCGUGGCGCUGCGACAAUCGAUAACAACGGAGUAGAGCGCGCUGGCCCAAUCACCACGCCGGCGCUUCGCGUCAGUCCAUGGAACGCCUCCUGUAGCACGGGCAAUUUGAUCGGAUUGGGUCACAAUCGAUCAGACACGGACGUGCAUUUGGAGGUACAGGCGAUCCAGCGGGUGCAGAUAAACAAAUCCUCCCAUGCGACAACAACACCUGACGAAGAUCAGUCAUCAGUCGGAUGA